UUCAGUGGUGCUGAGUGUUUAUCAUUAAAAUAUAACGUAAUAUUGAAGCGUUUCUAAAUAUUGACAAGGCUACCUAUUUCUUCCGGAGUAGAGUAGAAUAAUAUGAUUUAUUUUAGUUUUAAUUCGGUUGAAUAAGUAGCCAGGAUGCAAAAUGUUCAUAGUCUAUAAAAUUGGAUUGGAUCAACGUGGAAUUAGACGGUUGGGAGUACUGGCCAUAAAAUGGACUGUUGAAGGAGAAGCGUGCGGCACCUGCAGUGGCAUCCUCAGCAGUGAUUUUGUUUAUGAAAUGCGAUAAAUCAACCAUUUGCAGACCUUUAGCAUACAGCUGUAAGGUUAAGCCUUACCUACCAUCUUUGAAGAUGUCGAGAGGUCGCUUUGUCAUGAUUUAUAGUUUGCAACUUAUGUUUACGCGCUUCAGUCAUAAGCAGUUAUCUGCUUUAAACAACUUUUCAAUGCCUUUUUUUACACAGAAAAAUAACAUUUUUAUUAUUAUUUUCAUCAAGAAUACGUAGUUAGCUUUCAAUCAGUUUCCUCCAAAUAUUUCAUUCCCCACGUUUAUUAAUAAAAAGCUAAUAAACUAAAGUAAAUGGAUGAGAUGCAUUACAGUCAAUGCGCAGUCAUUUAACUUCAAAUGAAUAUAGUCAUCGCUAAUGGUAUCCAGUAAACACCUUUGCUUCUGGCACCCAAAGAACUCUUUCGUAGAGUGAUACCCGCUGUGUAAACCAGUAUGUGUAAUGCACUAUCAGGUUCAACGCCUCUCCUGGAAAACUUGUUUAGUUUUUUUUAGACACGAGGUGAACCUAUGAAUCGCUUUGUGAAUAUUAUGUUGUUUUUUUUUGUUGGUAAUUUUCUUCUUAUUGUUGUGACAAAAUUCCGGGCUUUUUGGGAUUCGUUUUUGUUGUGUCAUUACGUCAUCAAAUAUUGCGCACCUUAUUUUUAUUUGAGUUUGGUCGUAGGUUAAUAGCACCUACCAGAUGUGUUAUAAUGAUAUUUGCCUCAGGCAAAUACACUGAUGUAUUAACCCAUAUAAACAGAAUACGUACACUUAAUUUUGUUAAAUAAACACUUAUGAAUGGUAAUUGAAGUCUUGGCUCUCUGAUUUCAAACUUAAAUGUCAUUUGUGCUUGCUCCGCGAGUUGAUUCCCGCUUUUGUCUCCGGGUAUAACGUAGUUAAUCUUUAACUGGUAAACAACAAGUAUACGGCUCACAAAUGCGGCAACAUGCGUGUCGUGUAUGUACUGAUACCGACCAGCAAAACUUUCUUACUUGCAAAGUAGCAGACAAUGCCGUUUCCGUGUAGUUACAGUUAGAUUGAAAGGUGUUUUCAGUCAGGACAGUGAAAGCGUCAGGGUCAGAUCAUUGACCCAAAUCAGUCUCAAUGACCGUAAAAAUAUCAACGCGGGAAAAAGUCCUUGGGAGACAAUUUUUUUAAACUUGUAUCUGAAAGGGGAUACAUGAUACAUUACCCAUGAUUGCAAAACAAUAGGACGUGAAAUUGUAUCAUACUCACGCUAAUCAGCGCUGUUCGAAUGUUGGCAGCUGCAGGGGUUCGCACAUAAACACAACUUAUAUACAAACCAACUGAUUAACACUUCAAUAAAGAAGAUGGGCAAAUAUUCAGUUUUUGGAAUAAACGCGGAUGAAUAAAUACAGCGGAAAUGAUCUGCAAGCAAUCCGCGCUUCAGUAAAUUAACAUAGAAUUAUUUGCAGGUUUUAAAGUUGAAUAUUUCAUGUUUAAAUUGGAACAAUGAAUAAAUAAAUGAAUAUGUCUCACUUUUUUGUAAAACAAAUGAAUUCGUAAUUUGAGCUUAGAUAGGCUACUUCGCAGAGAGUCAGAUAUUUAACAUAGAUGUGAAUUUCGACGAGAAUCAUUUCAUAACUAAAACCGCCUAAAAACGGAUCUUCGAGUGGAUUAUGGUCUUAAUUGUAAAGACACUCCAUGGAAAUACAUUGUAUCAUAAUUCUCCCGAUGGAGGAUGGGCAUGGGUUGUCCUCGCCUCAGCUUUUUGUAUACAAGCUAUCACUGUAUCUUUCAUAAGAAGCCUGGGAAUGUUUCACAAUUAUUUCAUGGAUGAAUUUGAAACGACGAACAGUCAAACUUCAUUUAUAUCUUCGAUAGCAUCAGCAAUGGAUGGAAUAGUAGCCCCAUUCAUUGGUAUAUUGAUGCUGAAAUUUGGCGCGAGGAAGAUGAUCAUGUUAUCUGGCGUUUUCUGUUGCUUUGGAUUGAUUUUGUCAGCUAUCGGAUCUAAUAUAUGUAUGGCGUACAUUGGAAUUGGAGUCUUAUGGGGGGCGGGAUUCACCGUUUCAUAUAUCUGUAUCACAGCACAAGUCAACAUUUAUUUUACUCGAUGGAGAGGAAUUGCUAACGGAGUAGCGACUUGUGGCAGUGCUUGCGGGUCAAUGCUGAUGCCAGUUUUGGCUCAACAUCUUUUGUCCGCAUAUGGGUGGCGAGGCAGCAUGUGGUUAUGCGCAGGAGUGGCUUUAAAUGUCUGUGUGUGUGCUACACUUGUCAGACCCAUCAGUGUCAUAAAUGCAAUGCAGAUGACUGAGUACAAAAACGUGCAAUAUGCUGAUAAACCAAUUAAAAUGGAGGAUGAAGUAACAGAGACUUCUUCCGAGGAAUCCUCUUGUUAUGAGCAGAGUAAAAGUCAAGAAGCCAUACAACUCAAUUCAGGAAAAAACGGACAGGACAGAAUUUUUUAUUAUUUAAAAAAUUACUGGCUUUUAUUUAUUUUGGCACUUACAGAAUUUGCGUUUGGUCUAUGGUAUUUUUUUCCACUCAUGUUUGCUGUGCCGUUUGCAAAGGAGCUUAGAUGUUCGUCAGAGCAAGCUGCCAUAAUUUUGUCAGUGGCCGCUGUUGCAGAUAUUAUAUGCAGAGUUACCUGUGGGGUCUUACUGUCGUGGCAUAGAGUGCUGGAAAGGAAUAUAUUGUACUUUUUAGCAUUAAUUACACUUGCUCAGGUCGGUGCGUGUUUUAUAGCAAUAUUUGCCAAUGACUUCAAAGGUAUACUAACAUAUGCAACGAUCCAUGGCGGUCUGUUUGGAUUCUUUAUCACUGCGAAGACAGCAACAACAGCAACACUUUUUGGGGUGGAGGAUUUUGUCAAAUUUAUUGGUCCUCAGUGGGCCAUCAGCGGCGUGUCGUGCCUCAUUGGUCCUCCAGUCGCAGGGCAUCUGGUCGACAUCUAUGGAACUUAUAGAGCGGCAUAUUGGUUUGCCUUAUUUUCGUUUUUGCUGUCUGUUGUUUUGCUUCUGAUUAGUGGAAUGGGCGUUCAAAAACUUGGAGCAGUUCUUCCUCGACAGAGAAAUCGGUAGUCAAGGAUGGAUUUUGACUGCAUUUUUGUGUGGAGCUUAUUAUAACAUUUAUGUAUGGACGACGAAGACUACUAGAAUGGACAUUGAAUUCUGGGAAUUAAACUAUUUGAAUAUUUCAAAACUUUUAUAUAGAACAGUAUUAUUUGUAUCUACCGUUGCGCUACAAAGUACUUGGGCAACUUAAUUGGGUACAUGGAUUUUGGGUCGAAAAAAAAAACAGCAAAUUUUGUAUGGUAGGGGAUUGAGUGAGAGAAAUAAGUAUCUUGGCGUACGACUGUGCGUGCAAUCGACUAAAUUUCUUGUUAGCUCUACAUAAUCAUUUUCACAAUAUUUUAUAAUUUUGAAAAUGGUAUUUCGUGCUUUUAUAUUGGUUCUAUCUCGGAUUGCUGUAUUAAUUCAAUUUUGAUAUUGAUGUGCUCAUAUUCUGAGAUGAAAAAAAAAUUAAAAAUUGAAUCAUUUUAUGAUAAGUAUAUAAU